CGCAGGCGCGGGACACAGGUGGGCGCCGCCAUGCUGUACGGCAGGUGCAGGCGAGGUGCCGCUCUCCUCCCUAAAAGGCGGUGGCGAGGGCAGCCCGGCCUCGUAGAGGCAUGGCGGAGGGCGGCGAGCCGGUUAUCAUUGAGGACUACCUGCUGGUGGAAGAUGCACCUCUGCUGGAGGAGAUGGCUGAGGAGGAUGAAGAGCUUGACCUGUACAAUGAAAUGACUUUUGGGAUAGACCGAGACUCUACUGAAGAGGAUGCCUCAAAACUCCCAGUGCCUCCAGGGAUAAGCCCUGAGCUGGCCAAAGCAGUGGCAGAGGAGACCAAGGCAGGGGAGGAACUGGGGCCCGAAGCAACUGAGCAGCUGGAAGAGCCCCAGGAGGAAGGUGGGGUGGAGCUGGAGAUGGAACAGGUUGGCUCUGAGUUGGAGGAGCAGGAAGAGCUGGACACUGAGGAUCAGGAGGAAGACCAGGAGCCCUGCGAGGAGCCCAGUGACCUGGGAGACCCAGCAGUGAUGACAGUUGUGCAGAGCAAACCCACGCUGGAGAGCCAGGACUCGGCGGUGCUGGACAGCAGGAUUGGUGCUUGCUGGGCAGACUUUGGCAAAGAGGAUGUGCUGGCCAUGGAUCCCAAAGUGUGGGGUUCCCACCCUGGCAGUGUCCCCCCUCCCAACAUGCUGGAGGAUAAAGCCAUUGUCCAGGUCCUGGAGAGGCCCCCACCAUCCGGCAAUGUGGCUCUUGACUUCCUCGGCUCCCCGGUGCAGAGGGGCUAUGGGGGCUCUCCGCAGCUCAAGCGCUCUGAUAUAAGGCUGGUGUCCCCCAAGUCCUUCCCACAGCGGUUUCUCCAACAGCAGUCGCCUCUGGUGCCUCGCUCCCAGCGCUCCCCUCGGCCCUUUGUGCCGCCUCGAAGACCCCCUCUGCUCUUCACUUCCAACCAGACCACAGGGUACACAUCUGCAGCCCCUUUCCAGCCUAUGUCACCCAACAUCAGCCGCCCACCACGGCCUCUUGCCAUGCACUUUGGUCCCAUGUCUCCCUCUUUGGACCCUGCUCUCUUCUUCAGUCCAUCAGCCAGUGGCCAGCUGAACCUCAGUGUGCCCAACCGUCUGACCCAGCUGCACCCACAGCACCAGCGCAUCCUGACCCAGCGGCAGCAGCAGAGCAUCUCCUCCAAGAAGCUGUGGUCUCCUAAAGUGGACUCUAAUGCUGGGCUGAUGACCUCCAAGGAGAAGGACUGGGUCAUCAAGGUGGAGAUGAUCCAGCUGCAGAGCGAGAACAUGGAUGAUGAUUACUACUACCAGAUGUACUACCACCGCCUGGAGCGCCGGCAGGCGGAGGAGGAGCUGCUCGGGGGCCGCAACCGGCAGGAGCCGCCGAAGCUGGUCACGCCGUUCAUCCAGAAGGUGGAGACCUACAACUCCGUGGUGCGCAUCGCGGGCUCGCUGGGCCAGGUCGCUGUGUCCACCUGCUACAGCCCGCGCCGGGCCAUCGACGCGGUGCACCAUGCCCUGGUGGAGGAGGCUACGGGGAGCCACCGUCUUCGGGCACUGCACAAGAUCGAGAAGCUCUUCCUGCAGCUGCUGGAAGUGGAGGAGAUGCAGCGGAAGAUGUCUCUGGCUGCGGAGGAGCAGGAGCAGAAGAGCCAAGAAGCAGAGCGUAUCUACCAAGCCUUGAAAAUCAGGGCUUGCAGCAGUGAGGAGGAGGCAGAGGAUGAAUUUCUACAACUCCUGUGUGUGCAGAAGGGCAAGAAGCUCAUGGCCCGGCUCCUGCCCCACCUGAACCCGGAGCAAGCAGAGAAGAUCCUGUUAACCAUCACCCACCACCUGCCCUUCCUCAUAAAGAAGGAUGUGUUGGACGAGUCUCUCCCCCUGCUCUACAGCCCGCUGAACAAGGUGGUGGGCAGGAUGACCUUCAGUAAACUCAUUGAGGUCCUGCAGGAGAUGAGCAGGCCCCUCCCUGAGUCCACUGAGCUCCCCAUCACCAUGGCCUUGAAGAACCAGUUUGGGAUCUCCUUGCUCUACUCCCUGCUGAGCCAUGGUGAGAGGCUGCUGUCCUCCGACACACCGCUGGAGCCACAGAACGGGGACUUCGAGCUGUGGACAGACAUGGUGUUCCUGGUUGCCCGGGAGCUGUCACAAGUGCCCAAGGCCUCUCUGGUGGAGCCUCUCUUCUUGCCCAGCAACCUUCUCUCGCUCUUCUGCCGCUACCUGGACAAGCAGACUGUCCACCACCUGGAAGCCAAGAUGGAGUGCUCCUCGCUGCCGUCAGAGGCUGCCAUGUUGUGCUGAGCCCUGGGAGCUGGGAAGGGAGCCGGGAAUGCGAUCGGGCAGGGCCCGAUGCCAAAGUGACACUUACCCUGGUGCAGGGCACUGGGUGACCCAGGCACUGGCAGGGCUGGUGCCAACCUGCCCAGGGCUGGGGAGCACAGCACGGGGAUGAGGGUAACUUAUUGUGCCUCACAGCCAUGGGGGGUGUGUGGGGGGUGUGGGCGCUGCACAGGGGCGGUGGGAGCACCUGGGUGAGUGACUUGUGUACACUUCAAAUAAAAAGGUGAUUCAUGAGCUC